UUGGUUCCGCGUUCGUGUUUUUGUUUUGUUUUCCCUCCUUAGAGCAUAUGCUGUAGUCACAUUUUCUGAUUUACUUAUUUCUUUUAUGAUACGUGUUCAUCUAAAUACGUGGACGUUAUUCUAAAUCUCGAAAAAACACCAACAUAUAGCUGCCAAAUAGAUCUGACGCUAACGCUAACAAAGCCACCGAUGAUGUUGGAUUGGAGUUAUUGUUAUCAUAUGAAAUAAAAAAAGAUUGGAAACAGCCGUGACCGUGGGGAUGAUGGAACCUCACCGAAGUGAAACAUGCGAGCAGAGUUUUUCGGACGUUGGCCUGCUCGUCUCUCACAGCUGUUCGGAGAGACAGACCGUUCCUCACAGUCAAGGACAUUUAGGAACAUUCAAAUGUUCUCAAUGCGCUGAAGCCUUUUCCCAACCAGGUGCUUUGAAAUACCACUUUGACACCGUCCACACACCUCUUGAACAUGAAGGCCCGUUUUCCUGCUGUGAACAAGACUGCCAGUUCCGCAGCUUGGAUCGUGAGGAAUACCAGUUUCACUUGACAUCCACGCAUGGUCUCCCACUUAUUCCAUGCACUUUCGAGUCCUGUAAAGUGUCUGUUCUUACACAGAGUGAAAUGGAGACUCACAGUAGGGUACAUAAGCAUUUUGGCUGCUUUCAUUGCCAGUUUGUCACCCAAACGUUGGAAGAAUGGAGUGACCACCUUUUGGAGCACAACACUGAAGGUAAGAUGCCUACAAGUGCAGGCACAAAUGGAGACCACCAAAUUCAAGUCUCUGCUUCAGGUUCCAGUCAAGUCUGCAUAUCAUCAGAACUAGAACAGGGCAACGAAGAAGAAGCAGCACAACAAGAGCACAAUGUGAAAGAAGUGGGAAAGACGGUGGAAAAAGACACACUUUCAGCAGUGAAUGCCACACUAUUGCCGACUAAAGACUACCUCGCAGAGGGGGCAGAGCACAUGUACCGUACCCACAUUUGCCCCAAAUGCCGGCGCUGUUUCAAAAUGCGUUCCCAUCUGCAAGAGCACCUCCGUUUACAUUUUCCUGACCCUAACCUGCAGUGUCCCACAUGCAAGCGGUUCUUCACCAGCAGGAGCAAACUACGCACACACCGACUACGUGAGGCAGGUGAAAAAGUCCAUCAUUGCCACUUGUGUGAAUAUUCCGCUGUGGAGCGGAACGCAAUCCGCCGCCACCUUAGCACCAUGCAUGCUGAUGAGGCAGAAGAUGACAAGAUAUGCUGCAGCUAUCCUUGUCCUACAUGUGGCCAAAACUUUACCCAGAGCAGGUCGUUGAAGGCUCACAUGAAGACUCACAACGUCCAACCAGACUGCAAAACUGCGGUGGCUUGCUUCCAAGAGGGCUGUGCUUUCCAGACUUUUUUACCCAAGGCUCUUGUCCGACAUGCCGCAGAAGUGCAUGAGAUCAAGGCCGUGGAAUGUCGACAUUAUGCCUGCGGUGCCAUCUUUCCAGGUGAGAAGGAAAUGGAGGCUCAUUACAGGACCCACCUCGCCUACCAUUGCUCUCAGUGCGAUUUCUCAUGUUCCAAUAAGACCGCCUUCAUCCAGCACCGGCGCCAUGGCCAUCCAGGAAGUGAAAAACUCUGUUGUGACUUUUGCACCUUUUUCACAUUUAACCCUGUGGAAUUUGAGCAGCACAUUGAACACCUGCAUGCCAACGAGAAGAUCCAUCAAUGCCCUCAGUGCAGCUAUGUGACCUCACACAAGAGAGGCUUGAGGCGACACAUGCUGAAGCAUAGUGGUGAGAAGCCGUUUAAGUGCCGCCUCUGUGACUUCCGAUGCCGCGAUGUUUCCUACCUCUCAAAACAUAUGCUCACGCACUCAGAUGACAAGAACUUCAUGUGUGCUGAAUGUGGCUAUGUCACCAAAUGGAAACACUACUUAAACGUCCACAUGAGGAAACAUGCAGGAGAACUCAGGUAUGAGUGUGAUCAGUGCCCAUAUCGUUGUCACCGCAUGGACCAGCUGAAAAGCCACAAACUUCGACAUCAGGCCAAAUCGCUUAUGUGUGAGAUCUGUGCCUACGCCUGCAAGCGCACGUAUGAGCUCCGUAAUCACAUGUUGGCGAAACAUUCUGCAGAGGGCAAACAAGCAUCUCUGUACAAGUGCAAAUACUGCACAUACACAACAUGUUUUCGCCAAGCCCUUCAAAAUCAUGAGAAUUGUAAACACACCAGGCUGAAACAGUUCUGCUGCGCUCUCUGUCCCUAUUCCUCCUUCAGUAGCAUCAGCCUCUUCUUGCACAAGAGGAAAACCCAUGGGUACGUACCGGGUGACAAAACCUGGCUGGAGAAUUAUGCAGCAAAAGAAAGGGAAAGGAACUCAUCUAGCAUGUUAUACAAUGUCUGCAAUGAGCCACCGACAUCCAAUGAGACAUCUAAGCUGUUGACUGAAGAAGCUCCAGCAGAUUAUGGUGCCAGUGAAGCUCCUGAAGCUGUUGGAUCACUGAAUGCUGAUCUUGUCGGGACUAAAGAGGUUACCAAUGAAGGAAUAUCAGAUAGUCCACUUGGCACCAGCCCAGAGUACUGCACUCUUGUUUUAACAACAUUAACUGCAGACUAUGAAACUGCUUUUUUGCCAAAUGAAGACGCAUCCCCUUUACACUAUAAUAAGUCAGUCCAAGAGAAAGAAGACGGGAUUUCCAUGGUUAAUAAAGAAGGUAAAAAAAGUCCAGUGGCUGACAGCUAUGAGUCGGAGCAGGAAACUCUAGAAUUGGAUAAUGAUUGUGGCAGUUCACAAUCCCCACCUGUGAAAAAUCACCUGUUAGAACGUUUGAAGCCCAGGGGAACACAAGAAAAGGACCAAGCUGACGCGAUGGUUUUGGAGGGAAGAGUUCAGAUGCUUGUGGUGCCAACUAAAGAUGGUCAUGGCUGUGACAGAUUAUCUUGUAUGACCAAAAAGGAGAAAAUGUUAAAGCUACCACAGCAUCAUGAGUGCCAGGCAUGUGGUGCUCAGUUCAAACAGAGGCAAUGUCCUGCAUUUCCAAGAAAAAUGCAAACUUUUAGUGGCAAGGCAGUCACACUGACAGAAGACAACCUCACUCCGGGCACUUCUAAAAAGCUGGCAGGAACAAUUUCACCUGAGGAAUGCCAUGUUCAACAAAAAGACAGAGUAUCUUUGCGUACUUUAGCAAAUUCCAAAAGUGCCUCUAUGUGUACUGAGGCAGAUCAUCAGCAGAGCAACACACGGACAGAAAAUCUGCCGGAGGUUCAACAUGAAGACAUUUCAGUACAGAAUGGGAAAUUUAUGUGCAGCCUGUGCAGUUUUUCAUCAGUCAGGCUUGCAACAGUGGAUAGACAUGUUUCAAUUUGCCAAAAGCGGUUGCAAAGAAAAGAGAGUAAGACAAUCUCAAAAGGCAAAGACAGUACAAGUAAGCAAAUCAGUGAAGAAGAAUCUGGAGAGGAAUUUGGUAAAAGACCUGGAGAAGUUUCUUCUGCUUUGUCUAAGGGUGGAUUAAGAACAGCUUUUCAUGAACCGGGAAAGCCCAAUGAGUUGCGCUGCUCCCUGUGUCCAUUUGUUGACAAAUCCAAAAUCUAUUUGACCAAUCACAUCGAUAAAAACUGUAGGCCAAAGCAUUUAAACCAGGGCGCUACCUUCACUAGCAAGCAAGAGCGGGGAAAGACACGGCUAAAACAAAAAGGUGCCGCACCGCACACAUGCCGCUACUGUCCUUUCAGCACCACAAGGCGCUAUCGCUUGGAAGAACACGAGUCUCUUCACACCGGAAUCGGACGCCACACCUGCAACAUCUGCAACAAGACCUUUGGAGCCCUGACCAAACUGCGUCAGCACAAGGUGCGCAUCCACGACAAACAACCUUCUCAGGCUUGCGCGCUCUGUGACUACCACGGCUACACCCUUGAUGACGUGAGGAGGCACACCCUCAGAUGCCACACGGGGGAAAUGCAUCAUAUCUGUGCUCAUUGUGAGGCUCGCUUCAGUUCAGAAGUCGCUUUAAGAAACCACUGUAAACGUGUGCACAAGCUCCAAGUGCUUUUCUCAUGCAAGCAGUGCGACUACUCUUGUAGCAACGAGGCCACACUGAGCACCCACCAGCAGAGCAAACACCCACCAAUGAACUGCACCACCAGCCAGGAGUCUUCGGAGACAAAAGAAAGCACCAAGGCUCAUCGGAGAAUCCACCUUGCACAGCAGUGCCAGCUCUGCCCCUUUGCUAGCAAAACAAAGCAGCUCCUCGCACAGCACCUUCUGGAUGAGCAUGAGGAAGGGGCCCUGCUGGAUAAGCCUCUCAGGUGCAGCAGCUGUCCAUUUGCUUGUCAGCAUCCGCUGGUUUUGGAGCAGCAUCUCCGCUCGCAUGGAGGCAAGUGUGUGUACCAAUGCACCGACUGCAAGUAUUCCACUGGCAACAAGCAGAAGAUGACGUGGCAUGUUCGCAUACACACCGGGGAGAAGCCUUACAGGUGUGAGCAUUGUAGUUACACCUGCAUUGAUCCAUCAAGGUUGAAGCUGCAUAUGAGGGUUCAUCAAGAGGAAAAGAAGUACCUUUGUCCCGAGUGUGGCUACAAAUGCAAGUGGGCCACUCAACUGAAAUAUCACAUGACCAAGCACACAGGUGAGAAGCCAUAUGCCUGCGAUCAGUGUAGCUACCGCACCAACCGAGCCGAUGCCCUCCGUGCCCACCAGAAUACGCAGCACUGCGAUGUGCGCUCCUACGUCUGUGAGAAAUGCGGCAAAGCUUUCAAGACAAGUUUUAUACUGAAGACUCACCAGCGGCAGCACAGUGACCAACGCUCGUACACUUGUGGCUUGUGUCAAAAGGCCUUCCGGUGGCCAGCCGGCCUCAGACAUCACUUCCUCUCACACACCCAACAGCAACCUUUUCGCUGUUGCCAUUGUUCCUACAGGGCCAAGCAAAAGUUCCAAGUCAUCAAGCAUUUACAGCGGCACCACCCAGACAUGCCAGCGGAGCAAGGGGUGGUAAGAGACUCAGAAGCUGGCAGCCUCACUCUGAAGGAGGCUUUGGAAGGAACACUGAAUGACAGAGUAGUGGGGCAGAGGAGGAAGAAAAAUGACUGAAGACCAUCACAGCGGUACAGUAUCUUAAAUAUUAAUAAUGAGCCACUUCAUCUUAUUGCAGUAGUAAAAAUGAGCCACCUUGUCAUCACUUAUUCUGUAUUUGCAGUGAAUGCCUGAACACGAAAUCAUUUUUGCUGCAUAACAAUACUACUCAGCAGUCAUGAACAUUCACAUUUACAUCAUUUGUUUAUAUGUUAAGGCUAUAGCAAGCAUAUAUCAAGUCAGUAAAUAAAAUAACUUGUGCAAUCUAGUACAUUGUGGGUUCAAAGGAGGAUGUUUGUCUGUUUUUGUACAUUCCAUUUCUUUUUUUCCAAUCAGAAUGUUGGAUGUAUAUUGAAAGGCAAAACAGGCAUGUUUGCCUUGUACAUGCUCAAGCAAGGGAAUACCGUUCGUCCGAUAGAUAACUGGUAUUGCGCUAAUAAACAAAGUGGUUGAAAAAUGAGAUGCAAAAUUUACAUUUACAGUUAGUUUUCUCUUCCGUGACAAAACUUACAGUCUAGCAUCAAGUACUGAAGAUUGUUCCCUUUAACCAAUGGUUUGAAGUCGCUGUUUGAAAAUCAAAUAAAAAAUUCCGUAGGGCAGUGUUUCCCAGUUCAGCCAAGGCACAUGUUUUAUAUUAGAGAAAACUAACGGCACACUACUUAACAAAAAUGUACGAAUGUCACCAGGUGGAUACACAGGUCAAUUCUGUACCUUCUACUAUCGAGAAGAAGAGUUCUUGGAGGAGUACUAAUUGUUCUGCCUGUCACUCUUCGUCACUGGCAGAGAUAGAUGAACGAAGAUACAUUAUUUGUAGUAAAUUAAGAAUAAUGUUUGGACCAAUUUAGUGAAAUUUGAACAUUUCACAUGGCAUCCUAAUGUGCCAGUUGGGAAUCACUGCCUUAGGCAACAUUCUUUUAUUUGUGGAAACCGCCUAUUAUGAGUUGAGUGGUUGACUCGCCUGACUUGUGUGCAGGCGAUGAGGAUUCAGUCCCCACUCAGUGACGUAUACAUGGUUGUCUGUCACUGUGUGCCGUACGAACAACUGGCGACCAGUCCAGGGUGUUUGCCCAAAGUCAGUGAUAGGUUCCAGUUCUAGCGACCCUGAACAGGAAAAGCUGUUCAAAGUGUACGGAUAGAUGGAUUCCGAUUAUGACAUCCCAAAGCACUUUCCCAAGGUCAGAUGAUUACACCAGUGCUUCCUGAUCUCCCCUCCUUCAUGUUGGAGAUGUUGGAGUGGUGACAACAAACACAUACUCAAGUUCUUCAUGUGAGGUCCGAGAUACUGAUAUUAACAAACAAUGAAGACGGAGGGAUGGCUGUUCCAUCUCUGGAAAGCAGAUGGAUGUGACGAUAUCCUGUAACAGAGAUGAAGCUUUUGAGUUACAAAUUGCCUGCCUAUGAAAUCCUUCUUUUAUAUUAAAAAAAGCCACACCGCUCACCUGAUUGGAUACAUGUAAAUGGAAGGGUGUACUGUCCAAUGAAAUCAUUUUUGGAUGUCUUGUCAUAAUCUUCAACCACAAAGCGAACCAGAGCCAGAUCAGGAGUAUGGAUGACAAAAUUCAAAGUUUGAUUCCACACAGGGUUAAAACCUGUAAGAGAGAAAGCAACAAUGACGGCACCAGUCAAUUGUAUGCAUAAAUAAAUCAUCCAAUCAUACUGUAGGACAUUAACCAUUGUUGUUAAUGUGACUGGUCUCGUCUUUAGCCUGGUCCUGUGGCACUCCAUAGACCUCCACUCUGACCAAAGGGUCUACGAUGGAGCCCUCUUUCUGGUUCACCUUUGGUAGCUGCUGCCCACUAAUCACCUGAUAAACAUAAAACAUAGUGUCAUUAGAAACUCAACGCAAUUACCUGUUGUGAGUUGUAUUGUAUUAUCUCAAUUUUCUUCUGAUAGACCCAGGAGAUAGAAGUCAUUAGCUAACAAUAAUUAAAUAACCCGACAUUUGAAAGAGGCAGAUUGGCGCGGUGUCUACUGUCUACAUUGAUGUGGACUCUGCAUUGUGGUGAAGUGAGAGCUGAGCUGAAAGGAAAAGCUCACAAUUUACCAGUUGAUCUACGUUCUUACCCGCACCUAUUGUCAUGAGCUUUGGGUAGUGAUCGAAAGGAUGCGGGUCCAAGCAGCCGAAAUGAGUUUCCUCUGUUAGGGUGGCUGGGCUCUCCCUUAGCGAUAGGGUGAGCAGCUCUAUCAUCCGGGAGGAACUCGGAGUAAAGCCGCUGUUCCUCCACGUUGAGAGGAGCCAGAUGAAGUGGUCCAAGCAUCUGGUCAAGAUGCCUCUUGGACGUCUCCCUGGUGAGGUGUUCAGGUCGGAGAGAUUAUGUCUCUCAGCUGGCCUGGGAACGCCUCGGGAGCUGGACGAAGAAGCUGGGGCGAGUCAAGUCGACCCGGCUCCACAUAAGCAGAAGAAGAUGGAUGGAUGGGUGGACAUUUGAAAGAAAUAUAUAGUACAGCAAACUAUGUUUGACUGGACUAUUUUCCCACAACAUGCCCAUAUAGCAUAUUUUUCCCCAAAAAGGGUAACCCCUAAAAUCCCCUUGUUCUUUAUUCUGUUUAUAUUGCAGAUCAUUACUUUUUGUAUGAAGUUAUGUUUGCAAGAGGAAGAGCUCUCCGAGAUCAGUGUUCCUUAAAGGGUGGUUGGCAGAUCACAGGUGGUCCCCCAAAAAUCUCACAUGGUCUGAGGUUAUUUGUCAACUUUUUGGUCUUGCCCACUGUUGUGGAGACGUUUGAAUGGACGAGACUUUUUCUAUGAGGUGUCUUUUAUCCACAUAACAAGUUCUGAUUAGGAGGACUUUCCUAAAGGGACGGGACUAAUUUGUAUGUUUCAUGGGCACAUAACCAAUCUGGGGUUUCUGGAACUCUCCCGGUUAAAAUACACAUACCUAAAAAUUAUGAAUUGGUCACGUGCUUGUCAAGGGAUAAACUUGCCAAAUUAGGAGUGGAUCAAAUACUUAUUUCUCCCACUGUAGAUAGAUUGGCCUGUUGUUUUGGGAUAUUUAAAGAGUAGGUCGUCUGAAUGUUUUUUAUUGUGAAGUGGUCAUUUUUUUUGGAGAAAGGUCUGAGAAACCCUGCUGUCCAUGCUUUAGUCAGUUUACCUGUAUGGAUAAGCGUAAUGGUUUGUAGCCUGGCUGCUCCUCUGGUUUCUCUGGGUUGAACUUGGUGUUAAUGUCUCUCAUGAAGCCAGGCUUGAGUACAUAACCACAGCGGCCAUUCUGUCUAAAAAGCCCGUCGUUCAGGUCCAUUUCCAAACCUGCUGUCUGGAAGUUCAGUGCCACUUUGGGAAAGGUGGACAUUUUUUCAAUGAAAUGCACAUUGGAUACAUGUAAUGCAAGACACAGACGUGUAGUUGUUUCUAUAGGUUGAAUUUGCAAAACUACAAAUUUCCCUCACCUAUUUGGCAUCCCACGUUCCACAUCUCCUGAGGAUUAUAGUUAGAGGAGUCAGUCCUGAGGCCACUAGGGUAAAUCCUGCUUAGCUGUACUGAAUUAUGCUGCACAAAGUCUGUUCCUGAAAAAUAAAAAAAAAUCAGAAUCACACAUGUGUCGCAGAUGCAUCUAUGAACAGAUGAUUCUGCUUUUCUUUCCACUAAUGUGGCGCCACGUAUUUUGUCAUUCAUCAGAUACGGCGCAUUGUCUCAUGUUACCUGCUUCCUUUGCAAGCCUCUUGGCCUUGGACUCGGAGAAUGAAGACAUCUCAUUGCAUUUCAAAUUCAGAGGAGCACGUUUAAAACCACGAAAAUGGACACUCUUGCAGUAAACCACCAAAUCGGACAACUCUCUUGACAGGUUGGACUCGGAUUUCUGAGCGAUGACCUACGAAAAAAAUUUGUAUGAUGAGCAAAUAUCAUGUAAUCUGGCAGACUGAACAGGUGGAAAUAAUAACACUCCAGCCCUUUAACUUAUAACUUAUAUAUAUUCCUCCUUCCUUGAAACAGCCCUUAAGCAUGUGUGUCUUUUGUGUCUUUAAAUCAUGUGUUUUAUAGAGACUGUAGAGCUGUUUCCCUCCUUUUUAUCUAGCGGUAAUCCCAUUAGCUCAUGUGGUAACUAUUGCUACAGCUUUACUCACUUACUCCUCACUAAAUCAGAGGUCUUAAACUCAUGACCCGUGGGCUGCAGUUGGACCAUGUGUUGUGGCUGCAUACUUGACAUCAAAGUUUAGUGUUUUCGUGUGGCCCAGACAGUGAAAUGAACAGUAGGGUCACUACACAGAACACCGACUACAAUCAC